CAUGCCCCCCGGCGCGGGCCCAGGGAGCCAUGGCCUUUAGGGUCCCGGGCCGCGCGGGGCCACCUCAGCCGCGGAGGGCGCGCAGGCUGCUGUUCGCCUUCACGCUCUCGCUGUCCUGCACGUACCUGUGCUACAGCCUCCUGUGCUGCUGCGACGACCUGGGCCGGAGCCGCCUCCUCCGCGCGCCCCGCGGCCCCCGCGCGGCCGUCCCGCAAGUUCUCCCGGAGCCCCGCCCCUGCGACCCCCCGGGGCCGCCGCCCCGCGCGCCCGCCGCGCCCGCCCCGCGCCUCGCGGCUUCCAACCUGUCGGGCUCGCCGAAGCCGGGCGCCAAGCGGCUGCCCCAGGCCCUGAUUGUGGGCGUGAAGAAGGGGGGCACGCGCGCCGUGCUGGAGUUCAUCCGUGUGCACCCGGACGUGCGGGCCUUAGGCACCGAGCCCCACUUCUUCGACAGGAACUACGGGCGCGGGCUGGACUGGUACAGGGCCACCCUGGGUGACGCCUCUACAGCCGCCAAGGUGGGCGUUUGGGAUGCUGCUGAGCUCAGAUGA